AUGACAGAAGAAAUUAAAGAUUCUAUUGAUGAGGAGAAGCAAUCACCUUUGAUUAAAUCAAUUGGUAGAGAGACAAUGGAAAAAGCCAUCGCUGCUUUCCCACAAAGUAAACUUAAUAGAACAAGUAGGCAUGCACCUUUCCUUAGGAUUCCCCAACGAAAUGCACGAUCAGAUUCAGAAGUCAGUGUAGCAGUUGUAGAAAAACUACGUACACUACGUACAAAAUUUACAGAACGUACUGAAUUAAUCAAAGCUAAACAUGUUGAAAAAGUGGAAAUCAGUGAAAGUGAAUCCGAUGAAAAAGAAACUUGUACAGACCCAACAAAAUCCGAUGAAAAAGAACUUCAGCUGGAUGGCGAAUUCAAAAUGGCCGAAAUUCCUGAAGAAAAACCAGCUGGAUGGUGGAAAAGAUAUCCUAAUCGAAAAUUAAUCAUACGUCAACCUUUAUGUUUAGCAUGUAUACCAUCAAAUAGAAAAUAUUUUAUAUCAAAACCUGAUUUACCAUGUUUCAGUAUACAAAAUCCAGAGGAUACUGCGAAACAACAACAACAGAAGGGAGUUAAAGUGACCAAAACAACUGAACCAGAAACUGAACGAUCUGAAAUUAUUGGUGAAGAAUAUGUUACACUUAAACAAAUAUCAAUUCCAUUACCAGCAUGGUUGAUAGGAUUAAAAGAUGUAUUCGGUGCAACUAUAUCACCAUACAGUAAUAUUUAUUUAUUAUGGUUAGGUAUCUUAUUACUAGCAGUUUUAUACAAUUAUAUUACUAUACCAUUACGUGAAGCAUUCAAUAUUUAUGAUGGUGAAGAGAAUAUGACACUAUGGUAUACACUAAAUUCAUUAAUGGAUAUAUUAUAUCUGUUGGAUAUUGUAAUAUUAAGACCACGUAUAGAAUUUCUUGAUCAUGGUAUCAUUAAAACUGAUUUUAAAUCAUGUGCAUUACAUUAUUUUAAAAGUUUACAAUUUAAAAUUGAUAUUGUAUCAAUCAUACCAUUGGAUUUACUUUCAUUGCUUUAUGAAAAAGAUAUGGCACGUUUUCGUGUUUUACGUUUGGUCAAGUUAAAUGCAUUUUGGGAAGCAUUUGAAAAAUUAGAUCAACGUUUAAAUGCUGGUUAUGCUGUACGACUUGCACGAACUAUCAUAUACAUGAUUUAUAUUAUACAUUUAGAAACAUGCGGUUAUUAUGCAUUUAAUCGAUGGCAAGGUCUUGGCGAAACAUCAUGGACAAUUCAACCAGGUCCUAUUUCACCGUAA